UGCAGCCUGGCACCAAGGGGGCGGCCCCGGCGGAAUGCAGACCCAGUGGCCCCUGUGAUUAUGGGCCCAGCCGAGGCGGUGCUGCAGGAAAAAGCGCUCAAGUUUAUGUGCUCUAUGCCCAGGUCUCUGUGGCUGGGCUGCUCCAGCCUGGCGGACAGCAUGCCUUCGCUGCGAUGCCUGUAUAACCCAGGGACUGGCGCACUCACAGCUUUCCAGACAUAUAACAGCUGUGCCAGGCUCUGCUUAAAUCAAGAAACAGUAUGUCUAGCAAGUACUGCUAUGAAGACUGAAAAUUGUGUGGCCAAAACAAUACUUGCCAAUGGCACUUCCAGUAUGAUUGUGCCCAAGCAACGAAAGCUCUCAGCAAGCUAUCAGAAGGAAAAAGAACUGUGUGUCAAAUAUUUUGAGCAGUGGUCAGAGUCCGAUCAAGUGGAAUUUGUGGAACAUCUUAUAUCCCAAAUGUGUCAUUACCAACAUGGGCACAUAAACUCGUAUCUUAAACCUAUGUUGCAGAGGGAUUUCAUAACUGCUCUGCCAGCUCGGGGUUUGGAUCACAUUGCUGAGAACAUUCUGUCAUACCUGGAUGCCAAAUCACUAUGUGCUGCUGAACUUGUGUGUAAGGAAUGGUACCGAGUGACAUCUGAUGGCAUGUUAUGGAAGAAGCUCAUCGAGAGGAUGGUCAGGACAGAUUCUCUGUCAGAACAAAGAGGGUGGGGACAGUAUUUAUUCAGAAACAAACCUCCUGAUGGGAAUGCUCCUCCCAACUCUUUUUACAGAGCACUUUAUCCUAAAAUUAUACAAGACAUUGAGAUAAUAGAAUCUAAUUGGAGAUGUGGAAGACAUAGUUUACAGAGAAUCCACUGCCGAAGUGAAACAAGCAAAGGGGUUUGCUGUUUGCAGUAUGAUGAUCAAAAGAUAGUCAGAGGCCUUCGAGACAACACAGUCAAGAUCUGGGAUAAAAGCACAUUGGAAUGCAAGCGAAUUCUCACAGGCCACACGGGUUCUGUCCUGUGUCUCCAGUAUGAUGAGAGGGUGAUCAUAACUGGAUCAUCGGAUUCCACAGUCAGGGUAUGGGAUGUAAAUACAGGUGAAAUGCUAAACACAUUGAUUCACCAUUGUGAAGCAGUCCUGCACUUGCGUUUCAAUAAUGGCAUGAUGGUGACUUUGUGCUCCAAAGACCGCUCCAUUGCUGUAUGGGAUAUGGCCUCCCCAACUGACAUCACCCUCCGGAGGAUGCUAGUCGGACACCGAGCUGCUGUCAAUGUUGUAGAUUUUGAUGACAAGUACAUCGUUUCUGCAUCUGGAGAUAGGACUAUAAAGGUAUGGAACACAAGUACUUGUGAAUUUGUGAGGACCUUAAAUGGACAUAAACACGGCAUUGCCUGUUUGCAGUACCGAGACAGACUGGUCGUGAGUGGCUCAUCUGACAACACUAUUAGAUUAUGGGACAUAGAAUGUGGUGCAUGUUUACGAGUAUUAGAAGGCCAUGAGGAACUGGUGCGCUGUAUUCGAUUCGAUAACAAGAGGAUAGUCAGUGGGGCCUAUGAUGGAAAAAUUAAAGUGUGGGAUCUUGUAGCUGCUCUGGACCCCUGUGCUCCUGCAGGGACACUCUGUGUACGGACCCUUGUGGAGCAUUCUGGAAGAGUUUUCCGACUCCAGUUUGAUGAAUUCCAGAUUGUCAGUAGUUCACAUGAUGACACAAUCCUCAUCUGGGACUUCCUAAAUGAUCCAGCUGCCCAAGCUGAACCCCCCGGCUCCCCUUCUCGAACAUACACCUGUAUCUCCAGAUAAAUAAUCAUACAGUGACCUCAUAUUUGCCCAGGACUCAUUAAAGUUGCGGUAUUUAACGUAUCUGCCAAUACCAGGGUGAGCAACAACAGUAACAACCAAACUACUACCCGCUUCCCCGGACUAGCCGAGGAGUGG